CUCCGGGUCCAAAGAACGAGCUGCACCCCGCCUGCGCCAUGGAGCGCGUCCGAUGCUUGGGCUGCUGGAGCGCUCUGGGCGAUGCGGAGGUGGCGGUGCGCCCAGUCAAGGAGCUCGUCGAGGAGCUCCAUCUGGGGGAGGGCCGCACCAAUCAGAACUUCAUUGUCGACUGCGGCUCGCGGCGCUUCUUUGUCCGCCUGGGGGCGGAUCUGCCCUUCUUCGGCGUCAACCGGCAGAGGGAGCAGGCGGCGGCGCGCGCGGCCGAAGCCGUGGGCCUGGGUCCGGCGGUGAGGCAUGCGGAGGCGGACGUGAUGGUCGUCGACUUUGUGGACGAGUCGCGGGCUCUCACCGAAGAGGACCUCCAUGCAGCCUGUGACGGCACCGACGGAUCACUGCUGAAGGCCUUGGGUCUGGCACUGCGCCGGAUGCACGAGACCCCUGUGCCAGAGGAGUUGGAGGCCUUCUUGACGGCGGUGGGCGGGUCCACCGUCGGGUGGGGUGGGCCCCAUUUAGCGCAAUGGCUCCACUAUGCCGAGGAGCAAAACUACUCACGGUUGCCGCUGCUGCCGGGAUUGCGAGAUCUCAUUGCGGAAUUGGAGAGCGUUGCAGGAAGCCUGGAGCCCAACCGGUUCUGCCAUUUUGAUCUGCUGGCCGAUAACUUGGUUUUGAGGUCAGAUGGUACCAUCUUCUUGGUGGACUUCGAAUACGCGGCUCCGGGCCAGCCUUUGAUGGACCUUGCUGUGCUGGCGAUGGGUUGCAACCUCACCCCAAAGGAGGAGGGCCAUUUGCUCUCGGCCUACUUGAACCAUGAAGCCACGCCCAUGGAGCUUGUGCGCUUUAAGGCACUGCGCGUGCUGGCGGCUUUACGAGAGACCUUUUGGGGCGUCACGGCGGAACUGAGUCAAAGCAGCGCGUUGAGUGAUGAAGAAGCGAGGCGCGGGGCCUGAGGGCGGAAAAGGGGACGAAGGGGAGAGGUUUAUCCGCUCAGAAUGGUCAAAGAAUUGUGUGCUGUGAUGUGAUGGAUUUGGUCGUAUAUCAUUCAUAAAGGUCGACAGACAGCUAUUACAUCUAUGACGUCUUGGUCCCUUUGGUUCUCUUUUGUUGGUCCCUUUGGAACUUGGGGCGGCCAUUUCCAUGGAGUUGGACCCCAGAUGAUGGAGGAUUAGACGACUUUGAAAUCCGUCGUGCGCACGACCUCAGAUGGUGGUUUCUUUGUGAAGAGAGGAGUGGAGGAGUGGAGGCUGUGAGCCAAUGCAACCACGGGAAAGGCCUGGUUUUUGUGUUGUAGCUUUUUGACUUCUAUCGAAUUGCAUCCAAAUCUGCGAAUUCGACGAAUGUCUUUCACACGGUGGAGCUGGGGAUGAUUUCUACCUGCAUUGUCUACCUGCACCGAUGGGGAUGAUGAGGUCUCCCUCUUCUUUCGGCAUUUCGAGGUGAGGCUCCGAAGAUGGUCGGCAUCGGGACAUGGGGUGUGUAGCUCAAGAGACACCGUUCGCGCGCCCGGUCUCGGAAUCGAACCGCUUGCGGCGGAAGAAAGACACCGUUCGAGUGGCGAACGUCACUGGUGGGCUGCAGACGUCACUGGUGGGAAGCUCUCUGUGAACCGGAACAAAAGCAGCCAAUAAAGACGGCCAAAGAUGGUGGACAAUAGGUUGAAACAUGUGAAAUGUUGGGCCAUCUCUGAGAUAGUCUUCGAUGCCGGAUUUGUAUUUGUGGAGCAUUGCCUGGUGCCUGAUGCCUGACGCUGCUGAACAGAUUUAGUUCUACAAAUCCACCAACCCAAACCAACGAUUUUCAUUUGACGGAAGUGGAGGUGUUUCAUCGAACCUUUAGGAUGACCUUGUUGCUUGCCAACUGGAUCACAAAGAGAAAACCGUCCCAAAUUGUUUACACUCCUUGACUCCUUGAAAUUAUCGUGGAAGUCACAACCUGUUUGGUAUUCGGAUUUCAUGGUUAUCCAAGAGGCCAUGCCUUAGGAAUUUCCCACGUCUUCUUUCCAUCCAUUUGCAGGUCUUCACAUGUGGAUCUCCUCAAAACCAUGUCAAAGCCCUCCAGUGAACCCAGUCGAGUCGACAACACCACGAACGAGUGGCACUCGUUUCAUCCCCGAAGUGGAAGUCAGUGGAUCUGUGAAAAGCUCGGGAAGUCAGUGGACACCCCCACGAACAUCCGGUGCAAAAAGGGAA